AGGAAAUGUCAAUAUGUCGUCUGCGCGUACUGCCAACAGUGAGUGUGAAGUGUUCAACUGUCACUCACGACGAAAACAGAUAUUGUUACUUUGAUACAUUUUGACUAUAGGUGAGAAAUACAAACCUCAUUUGGGGGCGUUCCAAACUUAACACACCAGUCGCUGAACAUAAAGCUCUCUGAGUCACAACGCACACGGCUUGAUUACGUUUGUAAUAUUACCCGGGCUCUUUUACAGCGGCGAGUUUUGCCUGGCGACCUUUAGAACCGAGAGAAUUACCCCAGCUCCAUUUGGCGAGGGUUUGCGGAAAGCGCGCUAUGGUGAAUAAUGGACGGGUUUUGGCGACGUAAGCACGCCGUGCUUGGGUGAAAGGUACGGUCGCCAUAGCAACCCGAGUCCUCGAGCCGAGCAGAUCGUUCCAAAUUGACAUGUUUGAAAACGACAAAUGCAGGGGGACUGGCGGUGGGGAUCGAGUAUUUGCCCAUUCUAUUGCCGAAGAAAGGAGUGUGUUUGUUGAUGUGACUCGGGUGAAUAGAAUCUAGCCGCGCGCAUUGUGCGCUACCCGGGGGAAUUUCAGCGCCAGCCAAUCGCGUCGGAGCGCAGGGGUGUGCGGAACCAGUUCAAGUUGCCUGAUCGAAGUGCAGAUCAAACACUGCGUUGCUGUGAGGCGCGUUUAAGGCAUGACGCAGCGGGGGCGAACACUCUAGUAGGUAGUGCUCGUUCGCGGCAGACAUGGCUGACCUGGAGUACCUGACGGAGCGAGUGCGGGCGGCGGCCAGCACCUCCAUCCGCCCGUUCAGCUCCAGCCAGGAGUACCUGUACGCCAUGAAGGAGGAUCUAGCCGACUGGCUCAACACCCUGUUCGAACUGGAGCUCACCGUCGGUAACUUCGUGCCUCGCUUGGAGACGGGAGUGAUCCUGUGUCACCUGGCCAACAUGGUUCGGCACAAGGCGACGGAGUACCUGGAGGACCAUCCAGGUGUUCGGCUCAGCGUGCCGGGGGAUGUGGACAUCUCUCCGUCGGGGAACGCCGAGCCGGGGACGUUCCGUGCACGGGAAAACGUGGCCAUGUUUAUUGACUGGUGCAGGCGACGUCUGGGUGUGUCGGACUCGCUCAUGUUCGAAACGAACGAUCUGAUCGAGGGUAGAAACGAGCGUAGCUUUGUUUUAUGUCUGUUAGAGGUAGCGCGAAGGGGCGCUAAAUUCGGGAUGCUCGCCCCCAUGCUGAUUCAGAUGGAGCAGGAAAUCGAGGAGGAGAUACGAGAGGAGGCCCCUCCCCCACCACAGCGCCGGGUGUGCGACCUGUCAUCGCUAGACGACAUGGUACGUGAGUUGGUGAGCCGCUGCACGUGUCCUGACCAGUUCCCCAUGCUGCGGGUGGACGAGGGGAAAUAUAGAAUAGGAAAUGCCAGCACUCUGGUCUUCGUACGGGUUCUACGAAAUCACGUGAUGAUACGCGUAGGCGGUGGCUGGGACACGCUGGAACAUUACUUGGACAAGCACGACCCCUGUCGGUGCAUGUCUAGAGUUCACAGACAACCUCGCAGUUUUGCCGGAUCUGCCUUCGAGCAGCGCCGCCCGAGUCCCGCCAGUUCUUCCAGCCGGUCCAGCCCCUCCCCGCGAGCUUCCAUCGACAGCGGCCGCCCUACCCGCAGCUCCUUAGACACGGGACGGACCUCCAGAGGAUCGCUGGACAGCGGCACUCCGGCCAGAACCCCGCGGUCAUCCGUUGAAGAGCGGCGGCCCAGCUCUGGGUCCGGUCGCUACGGUGGGCCGCCCUCCCGCCUGGCGGUGGACCCCGGGCCGUACCGGGCCAUGAACGGGCCGCUGUCACCGAGCAGUUCUGUCUCUUCGGACGCUAGUGACAUUGGAGUCCAAAUCACACCAGGACGGCAGAAGAAUCUGGCAUCCUCUCCGAAACGAGCGCUAAGUGUAGGGAACCUGCUCGAGGAAGAAGACGUGAAGGAAAAUGUUUCACAGCGUCCUCGGCGGAGCGGCAUUCCGAGACCGCUUCGGAAGAGCAGCGACAACCUGCUGGCGAAGAGUACAGGAAACCUGGCGAAGAGUACCAGCAACCUGGCGAAGAGUACCGAAAAUCUCAACCGAUCGCUGCCAGCUCCGCGGGCCGUCUCUAGUCGUUUGUUACAACAACAACGGUCAAAGAGCAUGGCCAACUUAACAAAUAGGGAGGCGUACAACGAAAGCGGCAGGCGAGGCUCUGCUGGUAUUUCCCCUCGUUAUCGUCAAACUGCUGCAGUUGACAGAAAUGCUGCUAGAAGUCGCUCGGACAUGACAAGUAGGGACACCAGAAAUAAAUCAUUCGACACUGGUAGUGCUGCUAGGAGUCGAUCAGAUAUGACAGACAGACAGACGAGAAGUAAGAGUCAGUCUCGGGAACAACAAAGGAGAAUUUCAACGGAGAAAAGUCCAAGAGCUUCGUCGGCUGUUUCCAGAAUCUCCGAACCUAAACGGCCUAAGAAGGAGGAAACUGUCUUGGUCAUCUCGCGAAAUAAGGAAGGAAGUCAUCGACUUGAGCGGGAACCAUCGGACGAGAAGAUCAGUUACCGAAACUGCUCUCAUCCGGUGGGGUACGGGUACGCAGCAGAAGGGUCUAAACGCGACGAAGGACCGAGUAGCUCUAAACCCUCCCUCAUACCGACAUCUUCGCCUAGGUCACGUGUGCCGGCACCGACGAGAUCUCGUUCACCAGAUCGCGCGAGAUCCGUCGGGCGUGUGCGAGAAGACCGAUCUCAGUCCAGAGAGAGAAGAUUAGCUGAUCCUGCAGAAUUUAGAUCAAAGUCACCUGAUCGACGAUCACGAGAGCAACCAACCGUGUGGAGACGAGACGGAAGGAUGCCGUCACCAGACCGCCGCCAAACGCACCAGACAUCGCCCCGCCAGUCUCCAACUCACAAACGAUCCACCGACAGGACCCCACAGCUCGGACAGAGAUCACAGUCCUUUGAUCUAUUUCUAGAAGAAGCUGAUGAAGGAUCACGAGAAAAGACGUUUAGUGACGUCAGAAAAUCUCGUGAAAGGGAAAUGACGUCACCUCGUAGGGGGUCUGAACCAAUCAAAUCUUCGUAUGGUAGACUAGCUUCUCCUGAGCGAAAACGGCUACAAGAAGCCGGUAGAUCUCCGUCCCCAGACCGUAAAAUACUUGCCGAAGUGAGGCAAACGGAACCAAAAUACUUGCCAGAGUACGUUAAAAAAGUGGUUCCCGAACAACAAACUCCUCCACGGGCCCCACCGGACUCCUCUUUUCCAAAGUCACGUCAUACUUUCGAAGAGACGAUGGAGGAGGAGGAGGAAGUGACCUCACCACGACGAGAGCGUUCCCCGUCCGAGGAACGUUACAUGCGUCACACCCGAAGUGUAGACAGACCACCGGUUAACCCUGACGUGCCCUUUUUCUACGAAAAGAACGACAAGCUGACACUCAAGACGGAAAAGGUGACCCCAAGCAGCGUGCAACUGAUCAAAGAACUGAUGGAGAAGCGAGAAGAAGAGGCCCGGCUAACAUCACCCACCAGAAAAGAUGUCAAAGACGUAGAAAAGACCAAGAGUCCAUCGUUGUCUCCGACAAGGAAGACGAGUCCACCCCAAGACUUGCUCGAUCUACAAACUCGACUCUCUCCCAGAGCUUUAACAACUAAAGGCAAGACAGAAAUAAAAUCCCCAGUUCUUGAAGAAAGAAGUGACUCAGAAAGUAGCUGCUCUGUCUCCUCUCCGUCCACAGAUAGAAGUCCAAAUGAUAACACCGGAACGUUUGUUGUAGAAAGCGCACACAGCCCGACCCACAGCCCAAAGGCGAAAACCUCUACAAAACCAGAAGUAUCGGAACAAGCAGACAUCCGUCGAUCGAACGAGGGAAAAGAACGUGCCUCUGUUCAAGUCUUUAAACACAUACAUUCGGAUGACGAGCAACAGACGAGUGACGACGAACUUCCGACUUUAACCGAACCUGGUCCGAUGGUUGAGCGAAGUUCGUCUUUUCCCUACGACGAUGUCCGAACAAGUAGCGAAGACUGGGAAGACUUGGACGAUUCUGGUUAUCACGGGAGCGUCGAAGUAACGGAUAGAACAAAACUUUCAAAUGGGCUAUUCCAACACGCACGAGACAAAAAGCUUUCACAUCAUAAGCAGAUCAAAGAGCAUCAAAAGGACAUACACAAGCGCGAGCUUAGAACAGACGAAAUUGAGCGCCUAGAAAGAGGUUACGGACAUGAGGAACAACAAAAAGACAUGGUAAAGACCCCUACUUCUCCCGAAAGACCUCGACCCGUGCCUGCACCCCGAAAGAACGUAAAGAACUCCCUUAAGGUAGAAUCUCCACCCGCCAGUCGGGAAAGCCCUGAGACCAGCCCUACCCACAGGCAGAAAACGUCCCGACUCAAACCCAAGACUCGUGUCCCUUCCUUCCACAAGCUCCGCCCCCUCAUCAGAGUUAAUUCACGUAAAGACGCCAAGAAGGAGAUUGGGCUCAGCAGCAGGAUCCCCAAGCCGGUGUACAGAAAGUCUCAGAGCCCUAAGGACGGUACCACGACGUCGCCUGGACCCACGUCACCCGUCCGCAGGGCAAAGAGACACGAUACGGACGACUCUGGGAUAGAUCUAUCGACGUCGGGCAGUCGGACCUAUCUAGUAAAGACGAAGAGUCCGGUUGAAGAAUAUUCUCUCGGUAGCCCUACAAGAGGGUAUGAAGUGUUCUCGGACAGUGGUAGUCCAAGACAGCCUGAAGAUGAGAAGGUUGUGACGCCAAGAGAUUCAGGAAUAGAUCUGUGGAACGGCAGGGGAAAGGGCACCCCUGAAAGUAGUCCCGUAAGAAGCAAGCGAGAAAACUUCAAGAAAAACGAGCCCGUCUUGAGUAGAAGCGGGCCGCUCAAAGCCACACAAGACUUCGGUAAGACGUUUUCACUGAGAGACAUGAACAGAAACGCCAAGAAGUAUCAGUCAGCAGGCGCCAGAACGAUAUCCGUUAGUAAGUUCCGCUACGACAGUGAGAUGAACAGUGAGUUCGAUGACCAGGCGUCCUGGCCGAGGUCAGAGUCACCUGAAGGAGAGGUCAUAGAGGAAGAAGUAGCGUAUUUCUGAUUGGUUAGAGGAAGAAGUAUCUGACUUCUGAUUGGUUAAUAGCGUAUUUAUGAUUGGUCAGAGGUAGGCGUAGCUUAUUCAAUUCUGAUUGCUAAGGGGAAGAAGUAGCAUUUGCUGGUUGGACGGAUAAAGAAAUAGCAUUUUUCUGGUUGGAUAGAGGAAGACGUAGCGUAAUUCUGGUUGGUCAGAGAGAGAAGUACCGUGUACUUAUUUCUAAUUGGUUAAGGAAGACUGGCUCUCUACACCUAAGUUAUUACACGAAUGAGGCCUGAAACAAGAUGCAGACGACAUUGUGUUCCCUCUACAGGUUAGAGGGGUGUGUUAACGGAUAGAUACAUACGUAUACUCAGAGCUUUUUAUUGCUUAUGUCAUGACACUUAGUACAUGGCGAGUGUGAUCUUUGUAUUGGAACCCUGCUUUGGGCUCCCUCGAUGUAUGACAAAUAUAGACCUUUAGAAACGUAACCUAAAGUUUGGUGCCAAAUGUGGCUGGACUAAAGUUCUCUCAUGUCCAUCAACGCUCAAGUAAAGCAGAAAGAAUCUUGAAAGGAGUUUGUUGGAAUGCUGCCGUAACUUCAAGAUGAAUUCUAAUAUGUUGUCAGGUGUAAGAUAAUUGUGGGAUAUAGAACGUAAAAAAAGGUUCCAUCGUGGCAAAGUUUCACACAUCUAAAGGCCGACUGUUUAACAUAACAUCCAAGCGUAAAGGUAGUCCAAAGUGCAUACCUGUAUACGUUAACAGGAACUGCAUUUCUCCAUACUUGCUGCUUUUAAAGAGGAAUAAUUUUAGUACGCUCUACGCGUGCGUUAGAUUACUAUUAUUAUUUAGAAGGAAUCAUCGUAACUUUUGUGUUGUUGCCUGCAACGCUUAACAAGACUACCUCCAUGCUAUGACGUAAAUGUUUUAUCGCAGCCAUUUAUUGUGAGCUAAUUAAAUGAAAACGAAUCAAUAUAUCUACCAUGGAUAUCAACCAGAUCAGUGAUUGCAACGGUUUGCAACGAGUGCAGCUUUAAACCAUGGCGCUUGAUUAUAGAAGCUUAACAAAUGGUAAUUGCAGAGACUAUUCGUUUUGUAUGAUUCGUUAUACUUGAUUUAAAUGACUUGUUAAGAUAAAUGAAUAUCUGUUUGUUAUAUGCAUAUAUGCCAUAACAUAUUUUUGUACAUUUUGUCAUGUAUAUAAUUAUGAUUUGAUUAUGUUUAGAAGACUUGUCAUUACGGGUGACGUAACGUUUGUAUAAGUAGAGCUUUCAUUGAUUGUUGAGAUAAUAAGACGCGCACAUUUUGUGUACACGGACAUUGGGUGACAAUAAACAGCGUGGAAUGAAAGCUAA